AUUGAGAAAAAAAAAAACAGGAAAAAAAAAAAACGUAAAUCCAGCCGAUGUAAAUAAACAGACACCCCGAAGCAAUCAGCUGAUCUCUCCUCCUGAGGGACUUUUCCUUCCCUUUCGCGUGGUGGAGAAAAAAAAGGAAAAAAAAAGAAAAAAAGAGAAAAAAAAACAGGAAAAAGGAAAAAAAAACGUUGUGAGUGCAGCGUGAGUGUGUUUUUGGCUUAGAUCUUGGCCUUGUGACCCAGAUUGAGGCAGAGGUAGAGAUGGCACGUAAGCGUGAAGAGAGAGCUAUUAGAAAUGCACAGCGGGCAGCUCGGAAAGCCCGUGCUUCUCAAAGUGGGCAAGACCCAAGCUUCGUUUCGUUGAAGCAGCAGUUGGCAGCCAUGGGACUAACCCUAAGAGAAAUACCUGGAGAUGGAAACUGUUUAUUCCGCGCUCUAGGAGAUCAGCUAGAUGGAACACCAAACACACACCAAAAACACAGACAAGAUGUUGUUGCGUACAUGCGGCAGCAUCGCAGUGACUUUGAGCCUUUCGUCGAGGAUGAUGUCCCCUUUGAUAGGCACUUGAGUAACUUGGCUGAACUUGGAACUUAUGCUGGAAACGACUGUAUUGUUGCUUUUGCACGCCUUCAUGAAGUUAACAUUGUAAUUCAUCAACUAAAUGCUCCCCUUUGGCAGAUUUCUGGAAUUGAAGGCAAAAAAAAUAUUCGCGAACUCCACAUAUCAUAUCAUAAUGGUGAUCACUACAAUAGUGUCCGCAGAACUGGAGAUGUAACAACCAGUCCUGCAAGCAUCAAGUUAGCUGUUCAGGAAUCCUCAAAUGAUACCAAAGAUAAAAAGAAGAAUGGGAGCAAAUCCCCUGAGAAGUCCUACAGUGAUGACUACUGCCAGGACUAUGGCCAGGACUACGGCCAGGACUAUCCAGUGUGGUCGGGGGAGGGUUACGACUACUCAGAGCCAGUGUAUGAAGGUCUCUCCAAGGAGGAGCAGAUGGUCAUUGAUAAGACAGGCUGUGAGGAUCUGCAGCUGAUCAGGUUUCAGCUGGAGGCCCAUGAGUACGAUGUGGAAGAAGCCAUCGACUCUACACUCAGCUAUGUCAUCUCGCAGCAGAAAGGAGAAAACCCUCAAAUCACGCUCAGCAGUAAUGGCAUAUGGGGACCAAAUGGGACUGGGACUCGCAUAUUUGGGGAGGGCGCGGCCACUCCUCUGGCCCCCCCAACAUCCAUCCAUCCAAGUUACCAAAAGAAGACAGCGCAGGAGAAGCUCCAGCAGCGCCUGCGCACACAGCCGCACUUGUCUAACUCCAAACGCAAGGAGCUGAAGAAGCAGUUGAGGAAACAGCAAGCAAAUGACAGGAAGAGGCAGCAGCAAGCAAGCUAUGACUCGGAUGACCCAACCUCAAACCCCAGUGAUGACUCAGAGGUUAUCAUCGUCAAAGACAUUGGUUGCCUGAGUAUUUAAGUGAUGUAGAUGGUACACAGUACAUAAAGAUGUUAGUUACUUUACAAGGAUUUAGACAUUAGCUAUGAGUGCUGAUGGUAACAGAUUGAAAACAUUACAUGAAUGGAUUAUUACUUUAUAACUUUAUAUUAACUGAUGGUGCAUGACACAUCAGUGUUUAUUGUGAUGUAAAAACUAAAGUAAUUAAAUUAGAAGCUUUAUUGGGAGGGGAAGGGAGGGGGGCAAAACUUGAACAAGAUAGCAAAUACUUUUUUUGAGAUGAUUGACAUGCAUUUAUCAAAUUUCAUAUUCAAUUGAUACCUGUCAGGCAACAGAUUUUCAAAGGUAACAAAAGCAUUAGGUGAAGAGACAUCUUUUCAUUUAGCUUUGCCUUUUGGCUCAUAGCAGUCAUGUGUGGAAAUGAUUGUGCAAGGAAAAGAGGAAACAGAAGAAGAAAUAAUAAAAAAGACUAGUCGUGCAAAUAAAAGUCACUGUUUCUUUAUUUUAAGAUGUUUAUGAAGGAUCUCUGCCCAUUCAGACAAGUAAGAAAAACAAAUGGAAACAGACCUUUUGUUAUUUUGUGAAUCUUAUUUGGUGAAUAUAGGUCUUAAAUUCUCAAAGGUAUUACCAAAAAAACAAAAACUAAAUUUGUUUUGUGCUUCAGGGUUCAAAGCUGGUAAAGAUACACCCUUUUUAUAUUUUUCUGGUCUUUGUCUGUGAUUGUACUUUAGGAAAGGGCUUUAAUCAACUGUCCAUUUGUUCUUCAAGACUACCAGUUGUAAAGAAGACAAAUAUUGCAAACUAUGCUAAGGCAGUAACUUGCCUUUAUACACCAGGUUGUUUCUUGUAAUUUAAUUCUCAGUAAAACUGCAGUAGAUAAAACCAGUGAAUGUGUAUUUUAUUUUAUAAUCAGUGUAGGGCAGUUCUAAUGUAAUCUGUAAAGACCUUCAUAGUAGAUGAUAUGUUUAUUUGCUCUACAUUUGUUUACAUUAAUUAAAUGAGGCAAAGAAAAAGUAGAAAGAACCAAUUGUAAGACAUGUGCAUCAACUUCUCAUAUCUCAAGCCCAUGACUAUGAUAUUAGUAUCACCAUGUUUUGUCUCACCACUCACAUUCACAAAUAUUUAUUAACUCUUUAAAAGCAGAGUAUUGUGUGAGGACCUGUGAUUAUAUUACUCUUUUACUUCUCUUCUUGCAAGUGCUCAACCUCCAAUUCAACAGCUGCUUGGUAAACUGCUAGUCACUAACUCUACUGCAGAUACAUCCUCAAGAUUUACAGGUUUGCAGUUUGGUCAGCUGACUGCCUGAUCAAACUUCAUCUGGAUACAGUGUGCUGUACUUUUUUGUAUAUGUAUAUUGAGGUGUAUACAUUUUGUUAUACAACAGUUGUGGGCUUUUAAGUGAAUUGGAUGAGACUGCAGUUGAUUUUUCUGUGAUAUGGAAGAAAUGGAAGUGUAAGGCUUGCAUUUUAUAUCUUCACCAUUGGAAUAAUUAAUAUUCACUGGAUGCAACAAGUAACUGCUGCCAAUUCAGAGCAAUCUACUGCACGUUCAUAUCCAUCUCAAAUUAUAAUUAAGUUUUACUGUUAGUAGGCAUGUAAUUAAAUGGUUACUGACACUAAUAAGGAGCAUAUAGCAGAGGAUCUUGUUAAAGUUUAGAAAAAGAGAAACAAAAAACAAAACAAAAAAAGACAAUUAGGAUAGCAAGUCUCUUGGAGAUACUGAAAAAGGAUUCUAAAAAUUAAAUGCCUAUUAUGAUACUAGUAAUAUUUGAAAUUGUCUUAUAUUUCUUUAUUACGUACUGUAAGCUUCUUGGAAUUCUUAUUCAAGAUAGAGCAAAUGUUCACUGUAAGCACUCAGAAACUUUUCUUAAGAGGUUUUAUUCAUAGUGGUCUGCUAUUGAGUGACAUGCAUCUGCAGACAAAUUUACACAAGGCUGUAUAACUGCAAAUGAAGAAUAACUUUUGAAA